CAAGCUCUUCAUGUCCAUCUCUUCUGUUGUGGCAGCAGCUCUUUCGCUCCCAACCAUCUAGUGUUGGAAGGAUAUGGGUAAGACGUGGUUUGCUGGCUCUAAUCGAGCUCCUUCUGCUUCUCCUUCUCCUGACCCCGUGCCAGAACUGAAGCCGGAGCCCAGGCCUUUGGUAAAGUACCUCAUUAUCGGCUUGCUGGUUGCAUUCCGCGCUUAUCAGUACCACUAUCUUGGGAAUCCAGGGCGGAGGAAUUUAUCUUGAAUUAUCAGUGAUCUUGUAUCUCUGCCAGUUUCAGUCUCCUUCUGUUGAUUAGACCUCUUUUUGGUAUAUCGAUCAGCAUCAACGAUAACGUCUGCCCGUUUUUUCAUCGAGAGCAGUUGUGAGUCAUGUGUGUCAUUCAUCCCAAUGUCGACUGGAACUAUCUGAAUUGAACAUCUCGGGCUUCGUGCGGACCGUCACAACGAGAGAGUAAGCAUUGUGAAUGCUCGACUGGACCGGCAAAUAUUUAACACAUGUUUUUGUUUGAAAUGUUUACGUCGAAUCACGAACAUGAUCUCACAAGACCACAAGUGAUCACGCGUUUGUUGCAUAAUGCUUCUAAAGGGCCUCUACGUAAUAUCACUUCUGCAGCAAGAUAAUUCUUAAGCUUUUGGCACAUAAUUCUUUAGCUACAAACUUGCGUAACAGUGAUUCCGGCUUUUGAGCUUUGGCCUGGUUAAGGGAAUUUGCCAAUCUCCGGGGAAAAUCCACUAAACCUUCAAAAUACGAUCUCAAUGUGAGAUAGAUUGUGAGGUCUUCAGAUACAUCUGUUCACCAUCAGCUUCAAGCUUCAUCUCCUCGAUGACUUUUGCCAUUUAUUUCCGUCGUAUAUAUUUACAUAUGGAGUCUGUCUAAUCAUGCUUGAAGCUUUCCAGCGCGAGGCAGAGUUGGAUACUCACGUAUUCUUAUUCCGUUUCACAAAUUCCUUUUAAGUCGAAACUCGAAGUUGACUGGAAGCUGACGAGGAUAUUGGUUUGAAGACGAUUGCCCCAGGAACAUUUCCGAUGUCAUAACCGUCUCAGUUUGAGUCGUCAGUAAGGAAUUUUCUUGACCGACGAGCAGCGAUGCUAAUUACAACAAAUCAAGACUUCACUCAUAAGACCGGACUCGCAAAGAAUGCAAAUUCAGAUUACAAUCGGAAGUCGUUGAGCGGUGUUUGAACGACUGUACAGUGGUAGAUCAUAGCAGUAAACUACCAUAAUUCUUGGAUUCUAUCAGGCUUGAUACAUAGAUGUUCUCAGAAAAACUGCACUUGGACUUGGAAAUGUCCACCUAAGAGACUCUUGUGCACGGCCGACCGACUGUGUUUUGGCGAAUGUCUCCUCAAAGACGCAAUUUUCUUAUUUCUAUCUUUCUUCAAUCCAUUCUCUAGAGGUAUGUAUAUGCAUCGCAAAUGUGACUGUUGGGAUUAUCUCCAGGAAAUGAGUUUCUCCCAGCACACAUGAUCGCAUCGUAGAACUUCCGUUCCAAGGUGCCUUUGGUUCGUCUGAAAACUGGAAACUGCAUGGAUGCUGGAUCAUUGGCACUACGAAGAUUGCAAGCCAGUGCUGCAACGCAUGUCAGGGCCAAGAGGCGGUGCUGGCUAGUGUACAUUGCGGCGCUGCCUAUGCGGUAGUAAGUUGCAGCACCUUUAGUAGCACGGUUGUAGUCUCAGAUUUCUUCUGAUUCUUUUCUAUUUUGAAUUGGAAACCAAUCAACUCAAUUCGGAGUUUUUUUAAAUAACCAGGUCACUCUUUG